CUUUGAGAUUCCUUUUUCCAAAGUUUCAUUUUAAAGCGAGGAAAGCUGACAUUCGAAUCAACGAAGAUGGAGCGAAUCCCAGAUACCAUGACUGCUGUUGUGUUUGACGGGCCACACAACAUCUCCGUCCAACAACGCCCAACACCAAAAAUCCAGGAUGACGGAGACAUCAUUGUCAAGGUGCAAGCCGCUGGGCUUUGUGGUUCGGAUCUUCACCUUCUUCGUGGCCUAGAGAAGACCAAAACAACGGGCUUUAUCAUGGGCCACGAGUUUUCGGGAACGGUAGUGGCAGCAGGAAGUGGUGUCAAGACUGUGAGCGUUGGCGACAAGAUCGUCUCACCGUUCACGGUAUCAUGCGGAGCGUGUUUCUACUGCAAAAACGGCUUCUCGUCCCGGUGCGUGCAUUGCUUGGUCUUCGGCACCGAAGGGCUGGCGGGCGCCCAAGCCCAGUUCGUUCGCGUGCCGCGGGCGGACGGCACCGUGAUGAAGGCGCCCCCCGAAAUCAGCGACGACGCCCUCGUCCUCAUGGCCGACGUCUUCCCCACCGGAUUCUUCGGCGCCAAAAACGCGUUCGCCGGGCUGCCGCGGACCCAGCGCCCCUCCGACGCGGUAGCCGUCGUCAUCGGCUGCGGACCGGUGGGACUCAGCGCCAUCGUCUCGGCGCUCGAGUACAAGCCCAGGCACCUCUUUGCCAUCGACGCCGUGGAGAGCCGCCUCCGGGUGGCCAAGUAUCUGGGGGCGGAGCCUCUCAAUGUCGCGGACGGUCAGGAGAACAUUGUGAAGAGGAUCGGGGAGCUAACGGAGGGGAGGGGGGCCGACGUCGUCGUGGAGGCGGUCGGCCUCAGUCCUGCUCUGAGAACGGCCUACGACAUUGUCCGGCCAUUUGGAAGCAUUAGCAGUAUCGGAGUCCACAAUUCAUCGAUGCCAUUUACGGCAACGGAAGGAUACGACAAAAACGUGAAGAUCCAGAUGGGCAGGUGCCCAGUCCGGUCAAUCUUCCCAGAGGCGCUGCCGGUGUUGGCCAAGGCUCAACACCGUUUUGGGUUCAUGUUUGAAAAACUCGUACCCCUGUCAGAGGCGGUGGAAAGCUAUGCACUCUUUAGCGAGAUGCAGGUUCAGAAAGUAAUCUUCAAGCCGUGGCAGCGCUUCGAGAGGGAGAAUCGUAAUACCCGUUUGUGAAUGGGCGGCGGCGUUCUGGUGGUGGUAAGCUGUAAUUAAGGGUUCAAGUAACAUUUGGUUGUCGGCACGUCUCGAAUUACUAGACAAAAACAAAAGUGUGCAGAGUGC